GAUGCAGCACAUCGUCUGCUUCCUUUGGCCGGUCAGGGCGCUAAUUUGGGACUUGGUGAUGCAGCAGCUCUUGCCCAUCAGCUUGAGUCAGCCAUCUCGAAUGGAGCUGAUAUAGGCAAGCUGCGUUCCUAUAUAAAUUUAAGCAUUUUAAAUUAG